AUGGCAGCCACCUACAUGCCACGGCUACACCAUAUCAAGGGCAUUUCGUUCGCUUCGAGAAGAGCUUAUUUACCGCAAAUCCCUCGAGCCACUCCAUGCUUCAGCAAACGAUUCGCGUCCACUGAAGCGGAACCAAUCGCUACAAUAACAAAGAAAAAUAAGAAAUCGCCAGUCCGAAAAUUCAUAUUCCGCACUUCGCUGGCUGUCGUUUUACUUGGUGGAUAUCUUUAUUUCACCGAUACUCGAGCUAGCGCGCACAGAUAUAUCGCCGUACCACUUGUGCGUUGGUUGUAUCCGGAUGCGGAGGACGCUCAUCACGCUGGUGUUGCGGCGUUGAAGGAGUUAUACAAACUUGGUCUACAUCCGCGCGAGCGCAGCUCUCCGGAUCUAGAUGGAGAAUUAGGGACGGAGGUCUUCGGCUACACCCUUUCCAAUCCCAUUGGAAUCUCAGGCGGAUUAGACAAACAUGCCGAAAUCCCUGACCCGCUCUUUGCCCUCGGUGCAGCUGUUGUUGAAGUCGGAGGCACCACUCCAUUGCCUCAAGAUGGCAAUCCCAAACCACGAGUAUUCAGGGUAGUUUCGCAAUCAGGAAUGAUUAACCGAUAUGGUCUCAACUCCAAGGGUGCCGAUCACAUGGCCAAGGUCCUGAAACAGCGUGUUCGAGAAUUCGCAUAUGCCUGCGGAUUUGGUUAUAGUGAUGUCGGGGAAGAGCGCGUGUUGAACGGCGAGGCUGGCGUGCCGCCGGGAAGUUUGAAUGAGGGCAAAUUGCUUGCCGUUCAGGUCGCAAAGAAUAAACUUACACCGGAAUCGGAUAUUGCUGCUGUCACGGGAGACUAUGUAUAUUGCGUCGAUCGACUUGCGAAGUACGCAGACAUUGUGGUCGUGAACGUGUCGAGUCCCAACACUCCAGGUCUACGGGGACUGCAAGCAGCAGGACCCCUGACCGAAAUCCUCAAGGGCGUCGUAGGCGCCGCAAAACGUAUUGACCGCAAGACCAAGCCCUUCGUCAUGGUCAAAGUCAGCCCCGACGAAGACUCCGAAGAACAAGUCGAUGGUAUCUGCCACGCGGUCCGAGAAUCCGGCGUCGACGGCGUCAUCGUCGGCAACACGACAAACCGACGGCCUGGCCCGCUACCUAACGGAUAUGCUCUAUCGUCUAAAGAAAAACAAACUCUGACCGAGACGGGCGGCUAUUCUGGUCCGCAGUUGUUUGAGCGCACGGUAGCGUUGGUGUCCCGUUAUAAGCAGAAAUUAAGUGACGCGGAGUCGCCAAAGACGAUAUUUGCGUCGGGUGGUAUUACGAAUGGGCAGCAAGCACAGCAGGUUCUUGAUGCGGGUGCGUCGGUUGCGAUGAUGUAUACUGCUAUCACGUAUGGUGGAACAGGCACCGUCACACGUGUGAAGAAUGAGCUUCGAGAGCUGAAGAAGACAUAG